UGUCGAUAAGGCGUAAAGGUUCAAAAGUUACACUACCAAAAUGUUUGUUUUGGUUGCGGUGUUUGUGGUUUAUCUUUCCUACCUAUUGCUAAAAUAUCAUCAAAAGCGACAAGAGAGACUGAAGCUUCUUAGGUACUUCCCAGGACCCCAGCCGGAGUACAUUCUUGGGUGUAGUUACCUGUUUUAUAACAAAUCUAUUACAGAAAUAUUCGAUACCAUUGUUGACUCCCAUGCCCAAUACGGUAAGGAUAUAUGCCUAAUCGGUGCAUUCAACAUGCUCGAGCUAGAAAUCUCUUCCGCCCAAAACAUCGAAAAGGUGCUGCUGGCAAAGACAACGAAAAAAUCCUACCAAUACGACUUCCUAGAGCCGUGGCUCGGUACCGGGCUGCUGCUUUCGUUCGGCGAGAAGUGGUUCCAGCGUCGCAAAAUCAUCACACCGUCGUUUCAUUUCAAAAUUCUCGACCAAUUCAUGGACGUGUUCAACCAGGAGGCGGACACGCUCGUCUCCAAGCUGGAACGGCACGUCGAUCAGCAAGAGUUCGAUAUCUACGAUCACAUCACGCUGUACGCGCUGGAUAGUAUUUGCGCAACAUCGAUGGGUGUUCACAUCAACGCACAGAAAGACCCGAACAACGAAUACACCCAGGGCGUUAAGAAGGUGUCCGAGUACGUGUUUCGGCGCAUUUUCAGUGUGCUGAACCAGUUCCCCGCCCUCUUUGUGCUGUACUCUUACGCGAGGGAACAGGGAAGGAUCAUCAAACGGUUGCAUGAUUUCACAAACACUGUCAUCGAUACGAGAAGGAAACAGCUGGCAAGGGAAAACAAACCCGUACAGGUGGACGAUUACUCCAAACACCGCGAUACGUUCCUCGAUCAGCUGCUGAAGGUAAGGGUCAACGGACAGCCGCUCAGUACGGCCGACAUUCGGGAGGAGGUGGACACGUUCAUGUUCGAAGGGCAUGAUACGACGACUUCGGGCAUUUCGUUCACCAUUCUGCAGCUGGCAAAGCAUCAGGAUGUUCAGCAGAAGCUGUACGAAGAGAUCGAUACCGUACUGGGGGAGAGUGCAAAGACGAUCUUCCUCACCAACGCACUCCUCCAGGAGCUCAAGUAUCUGGAUCUAGUAAUCAAGGAGUCGUUGCGCUUAGUUCCCCCGGUUCCGUUCGUGGGGCGUAAACUUCUCGAGGAUAUGGAAAUGAACGGCACAGUAGUGCCCGCCGGAACAACCAUCUCGCUCAACAUCUUCUGCCUGCACCGCAAUCCCGAGGUGUUCCCCGAGCCGGAAAAGUUUAUCCCGGAGCGGUUCUCCGACGCGAACGAAAUCCCGCGCGGCCCGUACGACUACAUCCCGUUCAGUGCCGGUUCGCGGAACUGUAUUGGUCAGAAGUACGCGCUGCUCGAGAUGAAAGUUACCAUCGUGAAGCUGCUGGCCAGCUACCGUAUCCUGCCCGGCGAGUCGAUCGAUCAAGUGCGCUACAAGGCGGAUCUGGUCAUCCGCCCUUCCGGCGGCAUUCCGGUGAAACUUACCAGAAGAAGUUAACGUUCGCUUCUUCAUUAAUGAAACCUUUGGUUCUAAUCUUUGUGCGUUUGAAAAGAGGAGCAAAGGGGGAAAAACCUAGAAGGCGACCUGAUUGGCCUUUCACUAACGAGCUUUUGCUGCCUUCUCCCGCACGCACACUACACUGCCGUGCGGGAAGCUCAUCAAGGUGCACGGGUUUUACCUGCUCGGAAUAUUAUAAUUUAAUUAAUCAAUCUGAAACCCAACUAUUCCCAUCGGUCAGAGCGAACGAUGGACAGAGGGAUAGAAGAGGGAAAAAAACUCGAAAUACAUAACCGCAAAAAGUUA